CUUCUAAACAUGUUCGUUACAGUUUAUUCGAAUCUUUAUGGUGUCUUCUGUGCAAUUAUUGCUAAUUGUAAAAGGAAUGAUCACACUGAAUUCACCAAGACGAUUUGAAGUAACAGCGACGAUCAACACGAUUUUUUCGCGUCACGAACGAUAAUACAUUAUAGUCUUACGGCCUAUUCAAAGCGUGCUCUCAAAGUAGGAAAAAAAUAUCUUAUUUUCAGUUGGCCCAUUGAUUUGACACCGGCCUUGAAGUCAGCUGUUCAUAAAAGGGAUGCGAAGAAAGUGUGAAACGUGGUGUGAAGCACGAUACGACGAACGGUUGUGAUGGUCAAAACAAAACGCAGUUAAAAACUUUCAAUUGCUGUCCAUCAAUGGCUAUGUCAAUAAAUUCAUUGCCGGUCGAGGUUUUGGAGAAAAUUUUUAUCUACCUCCCAUUCAAGGACAUCCGCAACGUUGGUCAAGUUUGCCAUAUUUGGAAAGAUGUUCUUAGCGGUUUACGGUUUCAACGAAGAAUCCGGGUGAAACUCCAGGGUGACUUUGGGGAAGAAGUUUCACCGGCGAGCAUGAAAUUCUUAAGCACAUGUAAGAAUCUGUCCAUAGUACAACUCUAUGCCGAUAAGGAUGAUUCCGAAGGAGAUAAUGAGAAUGGCGUCGAACCAUCCUCACCCUGUGCAAUGCAUCAUGAGGAAGACUCUACGGCGGAAAAAAAUAUUGCAAACAUUUUGUUUGGAACAACGGAGCUUUCUAGUUUGCACAUAUUUAGCAAAUAUAAUAGUUUGAAAAGAAUAAUACAAAAUAGAUUAGGAGAAUUGUCGCAGCUGAAAGAGUUGAACGUUUCGUUCAGUUAUAAUGGAGAAUCUUGCAAGGUUGACGAUCAGACCUGGUUGCUGAAGAGUACCAGCUUGGAGAGCUUCAACAUUGGGUUACCAUAUUCGAUUGGGUCUUUGCAGCUUGAGGCUCCUAAUUUGAAGGAAUUACAUCUAACAGUAAAUUGUGACGCUACGUGGAAGCUUGUAGAGCAGUAUAGCAAACGAUUGGAAUCACUGAACGUAAAUCUGUACGACAUCGAAACGCUGGACCAAAUAAUGACUUGUAGUUUCCCGUGUUUGCAACAUUUGGAAUUAGGCAUAUAUGAUGACAAAGAGCUGCAGUACAGCUAUUCCCAAACAGCAGACCGCGCGGCAGACGAUGAACAAUCACGAAAAUUUACUAAGCAGAUGCCUUUGCUCAAAACAUUUUGUUUGCAUAGCAAUGUAGCUUUCUACAAAAUCUUCCCCACAUGGUGUUCACUCAGGACGAGUUUGGAGAGCCUUGAAUUGCAGAACAUGGAAGUCGACGCCAAUGUGCUGAUUAAUGUUCUAUUGAUCCAACCUCUGAAGAGCUUAACAAUUAAACAAUGCGAAAUCGUCAAUGACCUGCCUGGCUUGCAUAUACGAAUGGUUGGCCUUGAGCGGUUGAAGCUUAUAAAUGUUGUCAAUAAUGUUCUGCUGGAGCACAAUUUUUGCGAUUUAAAACAUUUUGAGUUGGUCCAUGGUUUUAAAUAUGGAAAUGAUUUACUGCAGAAGGUGUUCUACAACUUUACAUCGGUGCAACAUUUGAAAUUACGUUUCAGAACAACGCUUGACGAAGAUGCCCUCCAAAAAUUACAUCAAAUGAAAAACCUGAAGUCACUGGAACUGCGAGCUACAGAAGUGACGGGCGAACACUGGAAUUUGUGCCAGCCAUUGACCACGGUUCAACAAUUUACCUUGAGUAACUGUUUCAUGGUGAGGUUUUCAAUGUUUGGAUCCUUAGGUCGUGUGUUUCCUUCGCUCCAACGGUUACAUGUUGACCGUUGCCAUAUCGUUGAUGACACCGGAGACCCCAAUGCAGUUGCGAACGGGGGUUGCGAGAGGAAGACGAGGGAAAUGUUCCCCAACAGCAUUGUGUCGUGGCAUGAUUCUGUACAAAUAACACCUGCAACAUUGAAGCAGCUGCUUAUGUGACAAGCAUCCAAAUGGAAUUAGUCAAUUUGCUUAUAACACUAUUGUUAAGGCUAAUUAUAGGAGAGGAAUCUCGGAAAAGUUACUUCAAGUCAAUUUUAGAAAUACAUAUUUAUUUGAUGAUUUUUUAA